AUGGGGUACAGCAUGGGCGGCUUCGGCGCAAUCCAACUCGGCUGCUGGGCACCCGAGGCCUUUGACGCCGUCAUCUCGAUUGCCGGCUACGGAAUGGGCACCCAAGAGCCCACCGAGACUUCAGGGGCUCCUCAGCCCAAGGGACGCCGGGUUCUUGAGUGGUACCUUGAUCGACAUGUUCCAAAGCUUGCCGACGUGCCCAUCGUCUGGGGCGUCCACUGCCGGGAAGAUACCAUGUCCAGCUUCGAUGAUGUGAACACAAUCAUCGACACGGUGAGCGAGACAGCUUACCGUUCGAGAAAGCGCUGCCACUCCCAGAUGGUUGAGGUCCCGGCAGAACUGGCAAAUUCAGACUACCCCAAGAGGAGAAGGGAUGCAGCCUCCGGCCAUGGCUACUUCAACGUGACCUUGCUCAAGGACCGCAGCGAGGAGAUCUUGUUCACGGACCUCCGCAACCAGCUGUCUCGCUCCGCGAAGCGGCAGCGACCACGCUGGGACAUUCCUGAGGAACCAGAAAGCACAGCCAACUGGAAGCGUGAGCAGAAUGAGUUUUACGACCCGCCCUCCAAGCGCUGGCGCUG